UUGAGCACGGAGGUCUGUGAGUGGCUGGAUGCUUCACUGGAGCUGGUUGGCGCGCUUUGCCCGGCGCGAGGAGGCUUUCCGUUAAACGGUCGCCGAGGGGGGAAAAUGUGGAAUAAUCCGGGUUCAUUUGAUGGUAACUAUGGAAGUUUUGGUGAUACUGGUGCAGGAGGUGGGGGUUACUUGCAAUCACCUGGAGGAUUUGGCUCACCAGCUGGAGGUAGCCAGAGUGACAGGAAAACUAGAUCAAGGGCCCAGCAAAUAGUUCCUUGUACAGUGUCACAGCUAAUGUCUGCUACUCAAGUAGAGGAAAUUUUCAGAAUUGGAGAAGUGGAGUUGUCUCAGGUAACUGUGGUUGGCGUGAUCAAAGAUGCAGAGAAAGCCCCAACAAAUAUUCUGUACAAGUUGGAUGAUAUGACUGCACCUCCAAUGGAUGUGAGACAGUGGGUGGAUACUGAUGAAGCUGGAAGUGAGAAUAUUGUGGUUCCCCCCGGCAGCUAUGUAAAGGUAGCUGGCCAUCUCCGAUCAUUCCAGAACAAGAAGAGCUUGGUAGCUUUUAAAAUCAUGGCUUUGGAAGACAUGAAUGAGUUGACAUCACACAUGUUGGAGGUGGUGCAGGCUCACUUGUUGCUGAACAAGCCACAGCCUGCACCUGGAGGAUCUCUAGCUUUGCAUACCCCAACACGAAAUGAAAGUGCAAUGGGAAUGUAUGCUGGUGGUAAUGAUGCAUUAAUGAAUGGACUAACAAGUCAACAAAGUCAGGUACUAAACUUGAUUCGAAAUUGUCGAGAACAGGAAGGCAUGAGCAUUGACUACAUGAGGAGAACGCUGAAGAAUAUGACCAUCGUUGCCAUCAAGCAAGCAGUAGAAUUUCUGAGCAAUGAAGGACACAUCUAUUCAACGGUGGAUGAGGAUCAUUUCAGGUCAACAGAUGCUGAAUAAGUAAGGAAUGGAGCUACUUUUUAAGUGAGAAGAUAUGAAGCUAAAAUUCUGAACUAUUCUAAAACCUGCAGAGUCUAUCUCAUGGUUAGCUGUUCAUCUCAUGGGUAACAAGAGAAUAGUGUCACCCUUCAGUAAGAUGUAAAUAAAAUCCAAUUUUAAAGGGGUGAAAUGAUGUGGCUCGUUGUACUUGGAUUUCCAUGUUGUUUGAUUAUAAACAACUCAAUUUUCUCGUUUUGUAAUCCUGCACUUUUAUCACUGUAGAAAAUAAACUGAAAAUUGUUUUUGACCUUAACCAUAACCUACUUCUACAAUAUUGCAGCAAGGAGGCUUGUUACAGUGACUCUCAUCUUAUUGGAGGGCUAUACUGUUGCUAAUGUUUAGAUAUAAAAUUGAGGUUUUGGUUAAAAUUGGGCCAUUGUUAGCACAGAAAAAUAAGCAUUUGUAAAUUGUCUUAAUGUCCAAUGUAAUAAAGUUUUUUUUGGAUUUAA